AUGAAGGUGGUGGCGCUGGACGCCGGCGGGGCGACGCUCAAGGCGUCUGUGGUGGCGCCCGGCGUGACUCCGACCGUCUCGAUCCUCGCCAACCACGUAGCGUCGACUUCCACCAACCCGUCGACAGUUUUUAUGGGCCAGAAGCUGCGGGAGCUCGAGCGGCAGCGCGCCAAGUUACGCUACCUGCGGCCCGUCCAGAGGGGGUACUGUGUCAACUGGAACGCCGAGGCGGAGCUCUGGGCGCACCUGUUAACGUCCACCGAGGCAAGGGGGUUAUGCUGCUGUCCUUUGCAGCUGCUCAAGGUGGACCCAUCCGAGCACGCGCUCGUGGUUACGGCGCCGUUGCUGGCGCCUGCAGUCGUGAACGAGAGCAUGGACCAGGUGGUGUUCGAGGAGCUGGGCUUCCAGUCCUACGCGCGAGUGAGCGCGGCCGAGAGCUGCGUGUUGUCGUACUCGGAGUUCAGCGAGCGGGCGUUCCAAGAGAGUCUCGGGGCUGCUAAGCCUCCUGCAAAGCGCGGCCCUGGUCGCCCCAGGAAGAAGGGGAAGACAGAACCAUUGACGCCUCCUCCAGUCGUGGACGAGGACCCGCUCCGGUUCUCGACCUCGUCGUGCCACUUGGUGGUCGACUCGGGCUUCUCGUUCACUCAUGUGGUGCCGGUCAUUGACGGGAAGGUCUUUAUGCCUGGUGUGCGGCGUAUCAACGUCGGAGGCAAGCUGCUGACCAACUACCUGAAGGAAAUUGUGUCGUACCGCCAGUGGAACGUCAUGGACGACACGCCGGUGAUCAACGAGCUCAAGGAGGCGCUCUGCUACUGCUCUCUGGACUUCGACAACGACCUCAAGCGCUAUCACUCUAAUCGGCAGGAGAGGAAGCAUUGGGUCUUACCUGACUUUGUGCGUACGUUUGAGGGACGUUGCCGUGAAGACGAGGUCGAGGAUGUCGAGGAAGAGGAGGAAGAAGAUGCAUCAGCUGACCAGCAACAACCCACGAGGCCAACCGAUGACGAACAGGCUCUGGAAAUGGGCGUCGAGAUGAUCACAGUGCCGGAAGUGCUGUUUAACCCGUCGGAUAUCGGUCUGAACCAAGCAGGACUCGCAGAAACUAUCGUGCAGGCGGUUGAGGCGUGUCCCGAAGAACUUUCGGACGCCUUUUACGCCAACAUACUGCUGGUCGGUGGGAACACAAAAUUCAAGAACUUCAGGCAGCGACUCGAGCGCGACUUGCGGUCCUUGGUGCCUGAAGACUUCGACAUCGAAUUGCACGAGCCAUCAGAGUAA